GUAUUUUUGUUGUUGUUUUUGUUUAUACAUGUGCAACGAUUCCAAGGAAAGAGGAGAAAUUUCCUGCAUAUGGAAGUAGAUUAUAGAGUUUGGAAAAGAAAUAAAAAGGAGCCCCUGGAUCAUUUAUCGGAGUUUUUUAUUUAAAAUUAAGUUGUAGUUAACAUGGCUGGCCGUGGCAGGGGUGUAAAGACCGGAACUUUAACACAAGAACAAUUACAGACUCUGGGAUGUGUAGGCAAGGAUAUGCCUCAGGUCGCUCAGGCGCCACCACCCACAUAUCCACCGCUGAUGUCUAAGCCCGUGACACUUGAAACAACAGCAUCACAAAACUACCAGAUAUUAUGGAAAGAGGAUUUCCUUAACCACAUGAGAGAUUCAGCAUAUUUUCUACAGCCAAUAGAAAAAUCAAUAGCGGGCCGAGGUGUUUCCAGAUAUAACCCAAAGCAAACGAAUGCCGACCAAUGUAUCAAGCUUAAGCCCAGAACGGAGUUCAAUUGGUCUUUGAUGCCGGCCGAAUUACAGAUGGCAAAUAAAAAACGAAAGAUUGUUCCCAAGGAAGCUGCAGUGAAGCUAAAGAAAACAAAGCCAGGUAAUAUUGAAGAUCGACUAAAGGUACUGGAAGAGAAAGAACAAACAGAGGACGAUGUAGAUGCUCCCAACAAAACAAACUCUGAUUCAGAAGAGGACGUUGAGGAAGAAGUUGGAGAGGAUGUCGACGAUGAAAUGGAUGAUGAUAACGACUAUGGAAAUGCCUAUUUCGAUAAUGGUGAAGCUUAUAAUGAAGAGGAUGAUAAUCUAGAUGAUGGACCUGUCUAUUAACAAAUGUAUAUUUUUAGUCUGUAGUAAAGUACAAAUGAAAAUUUCCAAACAAUAUAAGUUUGUUUUAUCACUUUA